AUGAAGUGUCCUGGACAUAUAGACAGCUCAUGACUUGCCUUUUUUUUUUUUUUUCUGGAAAAUGCCUUAGCCAGAGAGGCCAGGAUUUGGAAAGUGCCAGUUUUCCAGAAUCUCACCAUGAAGGGCACAGAUAUCUCUGUGUCAGGUUACAAAAAAGCAGUUCUCUGGAUUGCAGAAAUCAGAUCCCAGUUCCAGUUUUACCCACAAAUGUUCACCUUAGCCACCAGAAUCUUCAAUGGGCUGUUGGCAUCAGGAAAAGCCCAAUUAAAAUAUCUGCAGUGCAUUGCAAUUUCCUGCCUUGUCCUUGCAGCAAAAACCAAUGAAGAUGAGGUAAUACCAUCAGUGCAGACGCUAGCGGUGCAGAGCAGAUGUAAACACUCUCCAGCCGAGAUCUUGAGAAUGGAAAGAAUUCUACUGGGUAAGCUUCAGUGGGAUCUUUACACAGAAACACCAAUGGAUUUCUUAAACAUUUUCCAUGCCAUGGUGAUGUCCAGCUGGCCCCAUCUCCCACCCAGACUGCCUCAGAGGAAUCCUUCCCUCCACGUUGCACUCUUGACCAAGCAGCUGCAGCACUGUAUGGCCUGCCACCAACUUGUGCAGUUUAAGGGCUCCACGCUGGUUUUGGUGAUCAUCACCUUGGAGCUGGAGAGGCAGACUCCUGGUUGGUUUCCUGUUAUUACUGAUCUGCUAAAAAAAGCACAGGUGAACAGCACUGAAUUCAUCCACUGCAAAGAGCUUGUGGAUCUAGAGUUAAUGUGCUUGCAGCCACCCAAUGCUGUUAAUAUUUUCUAUCCCAUCAGCCAAGCUGUGCAGGGCUAUCCCAAGGCAAGGCUAUCCUGCCAGCACCCUUGUGAAUGGCAGAGUUCCCAACAAGGGAGGUUGAGGGUUGCUGUAAGCCAGACUGUUUCAGCCCCUUUCACACCUACAGCCCAAAUUCCUGAUCAAACCACUGAGACUGAAGAAUGCUGUGAUGGAUUCAGACUCCUGCACAGUGAGGAUGGGGAGCUGUGA